CAACAAAGCGUCAACGUGUGUUUUAUUUUUUCUCAUGGGUCAGCUCCUAAAGCUCUGGCUAGCGAUAAUACCGAAGCGUCCGCAGAACUGGCAUUAACUUCGGACAGUUUCACGAAGGACCCCAAAACAACAACCCGGAACAGCGUAGAGAGCCUUCAGUGGAAGAUGAACAGCCUUUCUCCAGAACUGGCUCUGAGCCGGAUCUCUCCGGAGCUGAGGCCUUUACUUUGCACUGUAGUACGCAACGGCCGUGUCGGUUUAGAUUCCACUAACUGCCUGCGGAUCACUGACCUUAAAUCUGGUUGCACAUCUCUGACUCCAGGGCCGUGUUGUGACAGAUUUAAAUUGCACAUCCCAUAUGCUGGAGAGACUCUCAAAUGGGACAUCAUCUUUAAUGCCAGAGACCCCGAGCUGCCUCCUGACUUUAUUUUCGGAGAGGAUGCAGAGUUCUUGCCAGAGCCUUCAGAGCUGCCGCACCUGGUGGCCUGGGACUCCAGCGACUCCGAGUGUCUGCUGCAGCUGGUGAAGGAGCUCCUGCAGCAGUACCACCAGUACCAGUGCCAAAGACUGAAGGAUAGCUCACGCCUGCUCUUCGAGUACGACAGCCUGCUCGAUGACCCCAACUACGGACGCAGCAUGGAGAUCUACGCCGGACGCAAGAACAGCUGGACAGGCGAGUUCUCGGCCCGCUUUCUGCUCAAGCUCCCGGUGGACUUCAGCAACAUACCCAUCUAUCUCCUCAAGGACACAGCUCUGGACCCGGGAGAAGACGUGGCACUGUUAUCUGUUAGCUUUGAAGACGCUGAGGCUACACAGGUGUUCCCUAAACUCUACUUAUCGCCCAGCAUAGAGCAUGCCCUUGGAGGACCCUCAGCCCUGCAUAUUCCAGCCUUUCCAAGUGGAGGCUGCCUCAUCGAUUAUGUGCCUCAAGUGUGCCAGUUACUCACAAAUAAGGUGCAGUAUGUAAUCCAGGGCUAUCACAAGAGGAGAGAAUACAUCGCAGCGUUUCUUAGUCACUUCGGCAUGGGGGUCGUCGAGUACGACGCUGUGGGCUUCACCAAGCUCACACUUCUGCUCAUGUGGAAAGACUUCUGCUUCCUGGUACACGUUGACCUGCCUCUGUAUUUCCCACGAGACCAGCCCACUCUGACAUUCCAGUCCAUCUACCACUUCAGCAGCAGCGGGCAGCUCUACUCGCAGGUGCAGAAGUCGUACCCUUACAGCCCGCGCUGGGACGGCAACGAGAUGGCCAAGAGAGCUAAGGCGUACUUCAAGAGCUUUAUCCCUCAGUUUCAGGAGGGAGCGUUUGCCAACGGAAAGCUGUAAACGCAGGAAAAGAGCGAGGUGGGAAUCACUGACGGUCUGAAGAGAAAUCAAAACCAAUAUCUGUGCUGAAGAGAUGGCCUUGAAUUCGUGGAACACAACCCUGCUACACGUCCUUCACAUCCGCGAAUCUUUACCCAGAAACACACUCGAUGAAGACGCCACCAUGAACUGACUAUAAAAAUAUUUACUGUUCUGCACUGGAGAUCGUCUGAACGGAGCUGUUUAGUAAACACCUUCGUUCGGUGGGGGAAAUGCAAAGUGUCAAUAUAUUCUACCAUAUGUCCCAAUAACGUCGUUUUUAUUAUAUGUUGUUGUUGUUGUUUUUUUGUUUUUUUUUCCCCAUGUAUUUUCUCUUAAGAAAGCCAGAAUAAAUCGAUCAGUUAUUGA